AUGGAAUCCCGAAUCAGGGAUUCGACGGAAUCCCGAUUCGAUUUCGACAAAAUCGAGAAUAAGGGAUUUGACAGAAUAUCGAAUCAGUGUUUCAACAAAAUCCUGAAUCAGGAAUUCGACAGAAUCCCGAAUCAGGAAUUCGAUGAAAUCCCGAAUCAGGAAUUCGAUGAAAUCCCGAAUCAGGAAAUUGAAAGAAUCCCGAAUCAGAAAGUCGAUAGAAUCCCGAAUCAGGGAUUAGGCGGCAUCCCGAAUCAGGAAUUCGACGGAACCCCGAAUCAGGAAUUCGACGGAAUCCCGCAUCAGGGAUUUGACGGAAUCCCGAAUCAGGAAUUCGAUGGAAUCCCGAAUCAGGGAUUCGACGGAAUCCCGAUUCGAUUUCGACAAAAUCGCGAAUAA